GCAGUGUGGAUUUUCGUCCUUGGAGCGGUGUUUCUUGUGAUUCUUUGUUCCUACGCUGGUUUACUCAUUUACGCCACAUAUUAUGACUGCGAUCCUCUCACAACACAGAUAGCCAAGAGGACUGACCAGUUACUUCCUCUUCUGAUGAUGCGUACAAUCGGGCAUCUGCCUGGACUUUCUGGGUGUUUCAUUGCAGGCGUUUUCAGUGCAGCAUUAAGCUCCAUGUCUACAUCCCUGAACUCAAUGUCUGCCGUAGUUCUGGAAGACUUCUACAAAACUUUCUUCAAAACAACUUUGACAGAAAAACAAACAAAUAUCUUGAUGAAAAGUGUGGUAGUUAUCACAGGAAUUAUAUGUGUAUGUCUAGUCGUAGUUGUGGAGAAACUGGGAUCAAUUUUACAGAUGGCACUGUCUUUGGUAUCUAUUACCAAUGGCCCUACUCUUGGUCUGUUUUCCAUGGGUCUCUUUUUCCCAUGGAUUAACACACUGGGCGUGAUAACCGGUGGGACUGUAGGAUUACUUUUUAUUGGUUGGGUGAUAAUAGGUACACAAACAGCGAUCGCUGCGGGAACCAUUUCAUUCGACAAGAUGCCCAUCUCAGUGGAUGGUUGCACUUACAACUAUUCCCUGCCCGUCACCAAUGAAACAUUACUUCAAGAGUACACCGACCAAACUAGAAGCGAUGUUUUUGGGCUGUACCGUAUAUCGUACCUAUGGUACACUUUGGUCGGCUGCUUGGUGUCCGUACUGGUAGGGUUGAUAGUAAGCUUUGCAACGGGUGCGAAUGAUCCCCAGAAGGUCGAUCCUCGUUUGUUGAGUCCUUCUGUUGCCUGGAUAUUCGCCGACGAAGAAAACGAAAAGCAGCGAACUGUUCAGCCCGUAUUGGAGAGCCCACCGCCUCAAGACGUCAGUGAGAGUACUGCUGAGAAGACUAAACGUAUUGCUGCGUGACCAAAGAUGUCAAAAGAAGAAUAUUCAUGAAGAAACAGUUCCAAACAUGUUCACGAUCUUUGUUAUUAUAUUACUUUUG